UGAAGGGAGAUUCUCAGAUCUCAGCCUGCUGAAUAGCUAGGAUGACAGGAGUGAGCCACUCAUUGGUGUCUGGCUUUGGGAGAAGAAUCUUGAAGGAGUUCAAAGAGAUUGGAUCUUGACCGUGAACAAGGGUCUUAACCUCUCUUAACCUCCUGAUCCUCAUCAAAAAUAGUGAGAAAAAUAAUUCUGUUGUCAUUGGAAGGAUUUGAAAUCAGAUGGAAGAUUGAAAGCACAGUAAGUGAGGACAGGUGACAGGUCCUUAUGACAAACCUACCAGGAUUUCUCAUCCUGAGCACCAGUUUCUGGUGUUUCCGACCUGACCAUUCCUUGUUACAAGGUAUUGAUUGUCCUGUGCACUAUAGAACAUUUAGAGCACCCCUGACCUCUACCACUAGAUGUCAGCAGCACCCCCUGCAGUGACACUCCAUGAAUGUCUUUAGAUGUUGACAGUUGGGUCCCCUAGGGAAUUUUGCCCAGGUUGUGAACCUUUAGCAUCUGGAAGGUUCUGUUCAGGAACUGAAAGGACAACAGGUGGCAGCUUCCUUUAGACAGCCCCCAUCCUCCUGGGUUCCUGUUCUAGUGGAUGAAACAAACCCAGAAACCAGCAGCCAUAGAGGAGAUCAAAGAGAAAAUGAAGACUGUGAAACACAAAGUCUUGGUGUUGUCUGGGAAAGGCGGUGUCGGGAAAAGCACUUUCAGUGCUCACCUCGCCCAUGGCCUCGCUGAAGAUGAAAACACGCAGGUUGCUCUUUUGGACAUCGAUAUCUGUGGACCGUCGAUUCCCAAGAUAAUGGGGCUGGAAGGAGAACAGGUUCACCAGAGCGGCUCGGGCUGGUCUCCUGUGUACGUGGAGGACAACCUGGGGGUGAUGUCCGUGGGUUUCCUGCUCAGCAGCCCUGACGACGCUGUCAUCUGGAGGGGACCCAAGAAAAGCGGCAUGAUCAAGCAGUUCCUGCGUGACGUGGACUGGGGAGACGUGGACUACCUCAUCGUGGACACCCCGCCCGGCACUUCUGACGAGCACCUCUCGGUGGUCCAGUAUCUGGCCGCAGCGCAUAUCGAUGGGGCGGUGGUCCUCACCACCCCCCAGGAGGUUUCGCUCCAGGACGUCCGGAAGGAGAUCAGCUUCUGCCGCAAGGUGAAGCUGCCCAUCAUCGGGGUGGUGGAGAACAUGAGCAGCUUCGUCUGCCCCAAGUGCAAGAAAGAAUCCCAGGUGUUCCCUCCCACGACCGGGGGUGCAGAGGCCCUGUGCCAGGACCUGGGCACCCCUCUCCUCGGCAAGGUGCCUUUGGACCCGCACAUAGGUAAGAGCUGUGACAAAGGCCAGUCUUUUUUUGUUGAAGCACCAGAUUCGCCAGCCACAUUAGCCUACAGAAAUAUAAUCCAAAGAAUCCAGGAGUUCUGCGCCUCCCAGCAGCCACACAGAGAGAACCUCAUCAGCUCCUGAAACUCGGGGUGCAGUGAGGACCAGCCAUUUCCAGCCACAGGCCCCAGCAGCAUCGCUCAGGCCCGACAGUGUGAGGACCCGAUGCUGGUUUGUCACUCAGAGCGCCUUCAGUCCCCCUCUUUACACACACACACGCGCGCGCGCGCGUUAUUGUAAAAUAAAAGAUCUCUCCCAGCCUG